UAGUCGUACCGCCAAAACCCGCGAGAUGAGAUUUGUGACGUCGUGGCGAGCUGUCCGGCAGGAGAGAAGGAGCUGGGGAUUUACGGCUUUGCGGGGCGUUUAAGCAGCGAUUCGGGACUUCGGUCUUUGUUAAGAGAAUUGAGUGUGUCCCGCGAAAAGCGACAAAAGCUGUGUUCAUUGUUGAUGGCAUGGACCACUCUGAGGGAAAGAAUUUGAGGAAAUAAAAUACAAACGUUGAAGUGAUUAAACUUGUGACACCAGGAAUAAAGGAGAAGCUGGCCCUUCUCAUCCUUUACUGAAAGAAAACAAUAUUAUUCUUGCUAGGCUUAAAAAAAACUGCUCAAAGUGUCAGGAUGCGUUCCCUGGCUGUGUGUGAUUUGCGUCCUAGAUGACACGGAAGUCAAGGGUAAAGUGUAAAGUGUAAGUCACAAAAUCAUCGUAAACUCUUCAGUACCAUGUGAUCCUGCAUCGCUUUUACGUAGUCGGGAACUAACAUUAAAGUGUCAGCAUGGGAAGGAAAAAGAAAACCCUGCAUGAUUAUGCUGCCGAAUUCACAGAUCUGGCCGUAAAAAGACAUUUAAUCGAACACAAGGAUUCCGGAGAGACUUCAGUGGUUGAAACUCUGUAUUGCAAAUCCUGUGAGCUGCCCAUGCGGGUUAGAAGGGAUCGCAUCCUAGAGCACUUAGCUUCAGGAAGGCACUACAGGAACCGGCGUCUGAUUAAGCAACAUGGGACUAGAACCCCUCUUCUCCUAUCGACUGGUGCAGAUCUUGGAUCAAGCCUUCCUAUGGGACUGGACACAUCUCUGGUUCCACAGACAUCUUUUAUACUUCCCUCUAAUCCAUGCAGUUCUAGUAUCAGUACAAGUGCCAGAGGUAAUGUAGUACCCUCUCCACCAUCAUACCACCAUCCACCCUUGCUUCCUGUCCACCGGAACACCAUCAGUUCUACUACCAGUGUUAUAUCAGGCAGAGAAGAUGCAACCCCAUCUACGUCCUCCACCCAUCAGUCAUCAUUUGGUGCUAUUCAUAUACGAAAUCCACCUAUGUCUUCAAAGCACACCAACCAAAGGCACGUUAUAUCCGAAGCUUCCAACAGUGUGGUACCUGGAGGGAUUUAUACCAGUAGCAAUACCAGAGGAAAUCAAAUUGGUCUUGCAAUAAUUGGAGUAAGUUAUGCCAGUAAGGCACUACUGCGGAGCUUAAAUGAAGAAAAUGGGUGCUGUCUUUAUUACAUUGUGGAAGACCAGAGGUCUGAAGUUGAAGGGGUUUUCAGCAGUGAAAUACUGUCCAAGACCAGGGUGCUGCAGGAACAGGAUGUAGAUAUUGUUCUCAAUGACCGGCGAGUAUCAGGGGUGAUUAUUUGUUCUCUACCAGAAGUAGCUGCUGUGAUGACUCUGGAGACUUUAAGAGCUGGGAAGGCUGUGCUGUGCGAGAAGCUCUUAAGUACCAGUCGACAAACGGUGGAGGCUUGUUUUGAUGAAGCAGACAGAUAUGGGAAGCCAUUGGUCUGUGGCUUUUAUAAGCGGUUUGACCCAGCAUUUAAGUUCCUGCACGAGAAAGUACGUGAGAACAAGUCUCUUGGGAGAAUUCAGAAAAUCUCAACAGUCAGCCGGAUAUAUCCCUCUGUUCCUCUGAAUAACCUAAAAAUGUCAGGGGGACUCUACUAUAACACUGCCAUGUUUGAUAUUGAUAUUGUCACCUGGUUAUUGGGAGAAAGAAUCCCUGACACAGUCUUCUCUCUGGGACAUGCCUUCUGUUCAGAUAUGAGUGCCAUGAAGGAAGCAGACACUGCCACCAUCUGUAUGAAAUUUGCUAGUGGAGCCGUCGUUAGUCUGGACAUUAGUCAGCACUGUACAAAAAGCUGUGACCAGAGGCUGGAGGUACACGGUUCUCAAGGGACAUUACGUAUCGACAAUCAGAAUCCACUGGGCAUUACAGAGAAUGGGACAUCAGUUCCAUUAUGUUCUCAAACACACGAAGAAAGAUAUAGGGAAGCGUAUGCAGAACUUUUUCGACACUUUCUUCGAACAAUCAAAGGGAAAGAGCAACCUAAAGUUAUCAAAGAGCAGUAUAUCUGGGCUCUACAAGUAGCAGCGGCGGCUGAGCAGUCGUGGCACAGCGGUUCAGCUGUAGAUCUGCGUAAUGAAGUCGUAGACGUAUCAAUUAUUAAGACUGAAAUAGUUUGAGUAGAAGUCCUGCUUUAGAGCUUCUGAGGGAGGAUUGAUUUGGCUUUAGCAGGUGGUGAACUCACCCUCUAAUUCUCUUGCAGGCUCCCUACAGUUACGGACCCCACUAUUCUUGCACUUACAUUGCAGUGGCCAAGCAGUGUUACUAACAGUGUUGCUUUACACAGAGACAUACUUUAUCUUUCAGAUGUCUGUCGUUAGAAAGAAAAAUAUUUAUUAUUCAAUUCUAAAAUAGGAUGGCUGGAAAUCUGGGCCACUCUUUGUUUGGAGACACAUCUCCUGCCAUUGCCACAUUUCUCUUGAAACUCUGCUUAUUAAUAGAACAAGAACUUAUUUUAUCAUGGGGAUUCUGGUGUGAUACAUCCCUUUAUUUCCUCCCUUUUAUUCUGCCACUCUCUAUUCAGUGAAAUUAGAA